AUGUUUCACAGAUGCCCUCAACAGUUUCCGUUUGGAGUUUGGCAGUCUGGCAGUCAUGGUUUCAAGAUGGGCGGACAAGUCAUUACGUCCUCGUCUUGUCCCCCGGACACAAGCACUGCCGCGAGCCGUGAGGGUUUGCGAGCAACCACAGUUACGCGGAGAAUCAUUCGCUUGCCCGGAAAGAAAAAGGGAGAGCCCGAGAAUCGGCCUACGCGAGUCCGGAUUCUGCGGCUGCGCAGUUUGGUCACGAUUGUCGCAGCAAGGCUGCAAGUGAGGUAG